GUGAGGAGAAAGCUUCGGAGACAUGGAGGCUCGGAGCUGGACGUGUUAGCCUCCCUGAGACCUCACCUCUCUUCUCCCUCCACCGCCGGCCCCUCGCAGCGAGGCGCCGCCGCGGGACUUUGUCUACGUGCUUUUGGGAAAACGUCGUAAACGUGCGGAGCUCUAACACACAUUCCGCAGACGGCUAGCAGGCUAACUUAGCUCGGCUAGCGGCGGAGGACAAAAACAGGCGAGCGGAGUUUCGUGCCACAAGUGGCGCUGCGGCGUGAAGGGACUCGACAUGUCGCCCCCCGGGACUAACUCCACAUGCGGAUGAGAGAGGAGUCGGCGACCGGGGGAAACCGAGAGCUACUGCGAGCCAGGGGACCACCGCCAUGUUGGGCUGGAUCCGCGGCUCCGGCAGCCCGUCCGAGCCCCGAGCUUGGCCCCACUCGGUGCCGUGGAGGCUGGGGGGCUUCUUCUUCCUGCUGCUGCUGGAGGGGGCUGGAUGCCUCGCCAACCCCAGCAGCACCUCUGGCAACAACAACAACUACCAGCAGCCCAGUGUCAAUAUAUACAUGAGUGUGGAGGAGGUGAAGAAGCUUCUGGGUUUAGAUGCAGAGCUUUACUAUGUGCGAGAUGAUGUGGUGAAUCACUAUGCACUCUCCUUCACUCUGCCUGUGCCCAGUGAGACCAACAGCCUUCACUUCACAUGGCAUUCCAAGGCAAAAGUCGACUACCGGCUUGGCUACCUCGUGGAGAACCCUGUUGCCAUGAACCAGCCAAGAAGCAACAUCUCCAUUCAGGGAGAGGUUCCCCACGUUCCCUCUGUCUUUAGAGUGGACCUCUUUUGUUCUGGUGAGGUGGAUGGAGAGGCUGUUAUAACAGUGCAGCUCAAUCUGACCAUCUAUGCCAACAACUACACAGUGCUCAACUUCAAGAGGAGGAAAAUGUGCUAUAAGAGAAUUGAUUCUGACCCAAAGAUUCCCCAUCCCUUUCCCAUCCACAACACCACUGUUGAGCGGCCUGACUUAGAUGGUGUGGUCCCCCCCACCAGCUCCACGCAGGUGUUCUAUAUAAGCGUAAGCGUCUGCUGCAUCGUCAUCUUCCUUGUGGCCAUCAUCCUGGCCAUCCUGCACCUGCACAGCAUGAAGAGAGUAGAGAUGGAGGACAGCGUAAGUGACAGUGGGAGCUCGCAGGGUCUGUCUCAGCCAUCCACCCAGACCACACAGUACCUGAGGGCAGACACUCCAAACAACGCAGCCCCUGUCACAAACAAUCACCCUGGUUCUGCACCCAUACUUCAGCUUGCAGCCUCCUCCUUCCAAAACCCUGGUGCUCCCCCUCAUGAAACCAAAAGCUACCCAUCUCUCCGCAUAGAGAAGAAUGACCUGAGGAGCGUUUCGCUAUUGGAGGCUAAAUCUAAAGUGAAAGACAUCGCCAUCUCAAGGGAGAGGGUCACACUACAAGAUGUCUUGCAUGAAGGCACGUUUGGCCGCAUCUUCCACGGCGUGCUGCUGGACGAGAAGGACCCAAGUAAGGAGAAGCAGGUCUUUGUGAAGACAGUGAAAGAUAAUGCGUCUGAGGUGCAGGUGACCAUGAUAUUGACGGAAAGUUGCAAACUUCGUGGACUCCAUCACAGAAAUCUGUUACCCAUAAGUCACGUGUGUACGGAGGAUGGAGAGAAGCCAAUGGUGCUGUUGCCUUUCAUGGCCUGGGGGAACCUCAAGCUGUUCCUGCGGCAGUGCAAGCUAGCAGAGGCUAACAACCCACAGGCAAUCUCUCAACAAGACCUAGUGUACAUGGCGAUCCAGAUUGCCUGUGGAAUGAGCUACCUGGCUCGUAGGGAGGUCAUCCACAAAGACCUCGCCGCCAGGAACUGCGUCAUUGAUGACAACAUGCAGGUGAAGAUUACAGACAAUGCUCUUGCUCGGGACCUAUUUCCCAUGGAUUACCACUGUCUCGGAGAUAAUGAGAACCGGCCCGUUCGCUGGAUGGCCCUGGAAAGCUUGCUCAACAAUGACUUCUCUAGUGCGAGUGACGUGUGGGCCUUCGGAGUGACCCUGUGGGAACUGAUGACUCUGGGCCAGACCCCCUACGUCGACAUUGACCCUUUUGAGAUGUCGGCCUAUCUGAAGGAUGGGUACAGAAUAGCACAACCAAUCAACUGUCCAGAUGAACUGUUUGCAGUGAUGGCGUGUUGCUGGGCCCUGGACCCAGAGGAGAGGCCCAAGUUUCAGCAGCUGGUUCAGUGUCUCACAGAGUUCCAUGCAGCAUUGGGGGCUUACGUCUGAAAGCGAGGCGUUUUUUUUCUUCCUCUUCUUCAAAACAACGAGCAACAUUUAAGGCUGGAGGACACUGUUCAUGAGGAACACGCGGAGGAAAUUGUGCCUUAUCGGACGAACGAGCAGGCGUUCAUCUUGUACAGUCAUGGAGUUUUUAUAUAGUUGAAUUACCUUUUUACAGCAUAGCAAAGUAAAAGGAUUCUUUGUCGAAUAUUGUUUUAUAUGCUUUGAAAGCGUCUAGGAACGGCAGUUACAGGGCCCCGCCCUCGCCAAGAGAAACGAUGGAAAGAUGUCGUCGUCUAUACCGAACAUCAACACUUACGGACAUUUUUGUGCCAAUGGAACAAUUUUUAAAAAAAUAUGCCAAUCUUGACGAUCAUGGUUUUAAAGACAGUAUUUUCUACAGUUUUGUUACUAGUGUAAAUUGCAGAUGUGGUUUGAAUGAGAGUGACUCUACUAAAGAACAAUUUUAGGUACCAAAGUAGAGUUUAAGGGCUUCAUUUGUGUAUGUAACCGUGUUGUCGAGCGUGCAAGCUUGGUACGAGACGCCCCCUCGAUGGUACACUGUUUUCUGAGCACUGUGCCACAGAUGAGUUGUUCUGUCUCCUGAUGGACGAGCCGACACUAAGCAGAGAUGACCCUGUUUUUUACAGAUAUGGACGCCACAGCUUCUACAAUAUCAGUGCCACAAAGCUACGUACACAUAUUUUUGUAGAACAACAUCCUGAGUGAACUUUGGACGUUAUUAUUAUUUGAAUGCCACCAUAUUCCUACUCUUUUGUACAUUUUUAUUUCCACUAUGACAUCAUCCGAACAAAAUUAUCCUGUCCUCUUUGUUUUAUAAGCUUGAUUGUUCUGCGUCAGAACACAGCCCUUCACAGGACUCUUCAAAUUAUUUUUGUGAGUAACUAGAAAACUAAUAAUCACUGUGAACACACACAAAACUGCCUACCAGCUUGGUCUAAUCUUAUUCUACCACCUUUAACAUCUUUGUGAUGUGUCUUUAUGGUCACUGCAUGUUGAAUUAAGGUUGUAAAAUGCUUCCCGAGUUCUUAUCCAAAAAUUAAAUGGGAUCUUUUAAAUA